UCCAUCACUAUCAAGAACAAAUGCAAGGAUUCCAUUGGUGUAGGCGUUCUUACCAACGGCAAGUCGCAAUCUGGCCCCGAACAAAGUUUCGACCUGUCUCCCGGAUCAAGCCAAACCAUUUCCAAGAGUGACAAGUGGGGCGGUCGCAUUUGGGGUCGCCACGGCUGUGAAGGCGAAAGCUCGGGCAAAUGUGGUACUCCCGGUACAGGCAAUCCAGCUUCCUUGGCCGAAUUCUUUUUUAAGGGCUCGGGUGACCAUGAUUACUAUGAUAUCAGUCUGGUAGACGGAUACAAUUUGCCAAUGACAAUUACACCCGGUGGUGGUGGUGGCAGCGGUGACAGUAGCGGCAAGUACAAGUGUGGCUCGCCUUCGUGCGAUGUGCCCAAAUGUCCCGAAGAAUACGCUAUCGUCGAUAAGAAUGGAAAGGUCACUGGUUGUCAGAGCUCUUGCUCAAAACACGAUACCGAUGAGACAUGCUGCAAGGGCGACCACGAUGACCCAGAAGUGUGCCGACCUGAUAAGCAGUCCAAAAGUGUCAAGGAAGCUUGUCCAGAUGCUUACUCUUUUGCUUAUGAUGACCAGACGAGCACUUUUAACUGCCAAGAGCAAAGCUAUGAAGUUAGCUUCUGUUAA